CGCCCGCCAGUAGUCGCUACAAAUAGUACUAGUAAAGUUUGCCGCUGUGCAUGUACGUGAUACCACGCUCUGAGCACGCAUUAAUUUUGUCGUCAUCGCAGUAGUUUAUUUUUUUAAAAUAUUGUUGUAAUUUAUAUAUUUUGUUUUAUUGUUGUAAGAUAGUAAUAAUAUCAUCGCCAGUGUUACACGCCCGGGCGUCGCAUCGUAUAAUUCUCGCUAGGAGAUAUUUCUGCUUUUUCUGUCACAUAAAGCCGCGUCGAAAUGGGUUUGGGCACUUCCACGAUCAAAUACAUUUUGUUUUUCUUCAACUUUGCGUUCGCACUUUCUGGUCUAGCACUGCUGGCUUUGGGUCUGUUUACCCGGUAUUAUUCGACUAAAACUGAAGAGCUGGCCAACAAAGCAUCAGGAGAUGCGGCUGGUCUGGCGGCUCUGGCAUUCAUCGUCAUUGGUGGAGCCGUGUUCGUUGUGUCAUUCUUCGGCUGUUGCGGAGCUAUCCGGGAGAGCCAUUGCAUGAUUACAAUGUACGCAAUGUUCCUGUUAGCGUUCUUCCUGUUGGAGGCGGCCACUGGAGUUUUCUUGUACGUAAACAGAGGACAAGUGGAAUCGAUCACUCGAAAAUCGUUGACCACAGUUUUUGAAGAUUACUCGAAUAAGUCGGAAUCACACGCUCUUGUCGACGAAAUACAACACGACUUCCGCUGUUGUGGUGUGGACGGACCGAACUAUUGGACCGAACGCAACGCUGCCGCUCUACCUCACACCUGUUGCCGAGAUGAUGGUGGCCAAGGGACGACGUGCUCGAAGGCCCAGGCGUGGCAGGACGGCUGUUUGCAAAAGUCUAUUGACUUGGUUAAGGACAAGUCAGGCAUGUUGUUCAAGAUCAUCAUGGGAAUCGCUGGUGGAGAGCUGAUCGGCAUCGUUUUCGCGUUAUGCCUGGCGAGUAGCAUACGGAACGAAGAACGUCGACAAGGAUACGCUUAACUUGAUAUUUCAGAGACACGAUAUACAUAAUUAUAUAAAAUAGUAUAACUUUUCGUCUCACGUUCUAUCGAGGAAAACUUAUUCCUUUUCUUAAUAUAUUUAUAAUAAUAAUAAUAUAUUAUAUCCCUGUUUGUUGUCCCUAUUCGAAACCAACCAACGAAACCAAAAUUAACUUCUAAAUUUUUUAAUUUUUCGUGUCACAUUAAUACAUUAUACACAAACACUCAUACACACAUACUCAUACAAACAUACGCAAACAAACGCACGCUGCCAUUCGCACAGCGACGCGACAAUAUUUUAUUUGUAAAAUAU